GUCAUGGCCAGCUCACGAGCCACACUGGGACCAUCGUCCUCCUAUCAUCCAGGAUCCAGCAUGUCCGGCAACCCCCACGACAAUGCAACACUAUCCGUCUCGGAUCAGCUCAUGCAGCUCGACCUAGCAAUCACAUCCACUCUGCAGGAGAUCGAUGCCAACUUCGCCAGGGCCCAUCAGCUGGUCACCGCACAAUUGCUGCCCGCAGUCAAGGUAUAUGGCCAGCACAGCGUAAAGACUUGGCAAAGCGCAAAGUUCUGGCAAGACUUCUUCAUUACUGCUGCGCAAGUGCCGUUGAAGCGCUCAGAGGAAGGAGAGACAUCGCAAGGGUACGAUGGCAAUGACCACUCGGGGUACGGCGAUAAUUCUGGGUCAACGCGUGAAGACUCGCCAGGUUAUGAUCAGUCCAUCAGCCAAGAUGGGAGCCCCUUGCCAAGAGGAGCAGGGGGACCCAAAAAGGGGCGUCGCACGAACGACUCUCAGGCGGAUGACAGCUUCAAUGAGGACGAGCUCUACCGUAACGGCCGCAAUGCACGAGCCAGCCCCGCCCCUCAUCAGGACCCAGAAGCAUCUUGGGCUUCGGUUGACUCGGUGUUCGAUAGACUGAAGAAGGAGAUGGCAACAGAGCCUUCCGACAGUACUCUCAGCAGAGCCGAGAAUCGCCUGGCCCAGCACCGAGCUAAUAAGGAUGCGAGGGAGAGGGCAUUACUCGAGAACGGCAUAGAGGGCGCGGCCGGUGGUGACGUGAACGGUCUUGCAGAGAGCGCGAAAGGGAUGACGGUCGGCAAGGGCAAGUCCGCUGCUCCCUCCGUCUUUCGCAGUCCAGCCAAGCUCCAUCAUGGAACUCCCAAAUUGUUGAACAAGGUGCUCAAUGCUGAACAGAAGAAGGCAGACGUCAGGCAACGCACACCGGGGGCAGGCGAACCCAAGCGAAAUCCUUUCCAUCCCAAUGGCGCCGGAUCUUCAAAAUGGAACGGCAUCGCAGAUCUGCGCGAGACUCCCCUCGCGACGAACAAGGUGCGAUCAAAGGGCGGCGCUAGCAGCAAGAAAGUCAGUGCGGGAGUCAGUACACCGCAACGGAAUCCUAGCAAAGCCUGGUAUGAUGACAGUGAUGAUGACAUUGCUCUGCCGCCUGGAAUGUCGCCGCCCGUUACCAUGCAAUUCUCGGUAGCCAGGAGUCGAUACGACAAGACACCGGCGAAGGAGGCUGCGAGACACAUCGUUGCCGAUGUCUUGAGGACGUGUGAGGGCCCGUCCACAGUAGCCAGGGAUCGGCAGAGGCUGUUGCAGCAGCAGCAGGCAAAUGCGGGCAACGCAGCAAGCCCGGCUUCCUACCUGAAGGCAGGCAAGACCGGAGUGACAGCUAGCAACUCAGUUGUAGCCUCGCCUCUCAAGAAAGGUCCCGCGGGCCCACAGAAGAGGAGGGACUCGAUGCCUACACCGCCGACUCUGACGAAGACCUUCAAGACGGACAAGACACCCGUUGGAGUCUCUGCUGCUGGCAUCCCAGGGAGCGCGGCAAGCUCUGCCGCCGCAUCGGGUCACAGAGCUGCUAGGCUGUUCGACGAGGGUGAAGAGGGCGGAGAUGAUGGCGGUGACGACUCGAAUCAAUUGCUUGCAGGCCCUUCAGGGUCAUUUGCCUCUGCCCACAGCAGGGCGGGUGAUGAUGACGAAGACGACUCGGAAGACGAUGACUCACUAUCCGAAGAAUCAGACGACGAGGAAGCGCGCCCCGCAGGCAGUGUCCAAUCGAGCGUCUCCAAGAAUCUCUCUACCUUCAGUACGACCAAUAGCACUACCACCUCUUCGUUCUCCCGCUCCGGCUGGUCCUCCUCUAGCAAUGCCAGCGGAGGCCAUCAUGGUGGUGGGGGCGCCAGUAUGGACAACGAUACCCUCUUUGGCGUGGGCAAGCUCUCCACCCGCGGUGGACCUGGUGGUGCGGGAGCUGGAGGUGGGGACUUUAAGAUGAUUGGGCAGGUGGAGGACACGGUUCAGGGUGGCAAGCUGCUGGACGACGAGAAGGAUCUGACGUACAGCGCCCCUAGUCCCACUCCAUGGAAGUGAAGCAAUGGGAGUGAAUGCAAAGGAGAGAGAAAGAGGUCGAUUGCUUGUCUAUUGUCAUUACUUGUUAAACGACCGUCACCCGUUACCUUCCACGGCCCAAGUCUAUCC